AUGGCUAUAUUGAAAAGAUUACUAUAUAAAUUAAACAGAACAAGAUUGGAAACUGCUAAGUUUGGUUUUUAUUUAUUAAGUCCAAUUUUGGUUAUGUAUUAUGUUGGUUUAAAUACUGAUGAAAAAUUCAAUUUACCUGGUUUUUGGCCUGAUCCAUCAACUUUAAAUCAAAUACCAAAAGAACCACAUGAAAUUCAAGCUGAAAUUGCAAGAAUUAAAAGAGCAAGACUAGAGAAGAGAAAAAGAUUGGAGGAAAGAGCUAGAGAAUUAGGUAUAACUGAAGAAGAUGUGGAAAAUGAAAAUGAAAAUGAAAAUGAAGCUACUGCUUGA